UACGAAUGGGAUACAAACAAGCCAUUGUGGACGGCGGACAAGCCGGGCGAGCAGGGCCUUCGUGUGUCAGAUGACAUUUCAAUACCUCUGCACGUAAUUCCUCUAGUCAUCAGCUCGGCAUUCUUGAUAGUCACGGAAUUCUCCACGUAUGUUGUCAGUGCGUUAGAUAUCAUAUCUGGAAAUGGGAACUUCCGCAACGUGGCGUUCCCGUCCAAUGAUCAGCCUGGUCACCGCUUGGUCUCGCCCGUAUAGACAUCCGAACUAUACGGGCACCCUCGAUGCUAUCUACCUCGCUAUGGAAAACGGCGGCAUCUACUACCUCGAGGUCGAUGGGAGUGCUCAUGCCCUUGUCCAGAGCGUCGUCAAGGCUAGCUACCUCGACUGUGCCAUCGGAACGGCUUUUACCGCCCUCGAUUAUGGACUCAGGUCUAACGAUAUGAUCGUGGCUGGUGGGGAGAUGAGUAGCGGGGGGAUAUAUCUGUUGCCAAUUGCCGCGUGGCCGGUGGAUUCACGCGCCGAGCUGGAGGAGACAGUGAUCAACUGGGCGCCGGUGAUCGAUUUCGAGCUGGUGGAUCUAUCCGCUCGCGGGCAAGGCAACAGUGCCAAACGGGACCGGGUAUUCGCGUGUGCCGGCCGCGGGAAACACGGAGCGAUCACCGAGCUUCGGUACGGCGUGCAAGCCACCGCGCAGACGCCGGCGGACUACAUGGCGGGUGUCCGGAGGCUGUUCAUCUUGCCGGACGUCUCCCGCAAAACGGAUAAGCACAAGGGAGGCUGCUUCGUCCUCUCGUCGCAGUUCAACGAGUCGUUCCUCUGCUUCCGCUCCGCCGGCAAGGACGGCGAUUGGUUCGAGUGCCGGAAUGAAAUUACGUUCGAGUUCGACGAGCCGACGUUGGCGGCCGGGCCGCUCGAAUCGACUGAUGAUAUGCCCUGGUCUGUGCAGGUCACGCCAUCCACGAUUACGGUUAUUCGGCUGGCCCAGGGCGACACGCUGCCAAAGGAUGAUGGGGAAAUGGAGGUGGACGAUAAUGAUCCGGGGAUGCGCCGCUUGCAACGCAGAUGUGAGGGCGGCGAUACGAUCGUUGCGGCGGCUCUCCGGGGAAAAUUCGUCGUGAUAGCAUUGCGCAACGGAGACAAUGUCAGCCUUGUUCUGGCUUCGAUAGAAAUCAAGUCGGACAGUAACGAGUUCUUGGUGCCUGUUGGUGCACCGGUGGCUAUGGAGGAUGAUCCCACAUUCCUGGGCUUUUUGGAGCUGCAUGGCCGAUUGAUGGUAGCUGUGGGAACACGGCGAGUGACAAUUCAGAUAUUCAGUUGUGAUGGUUUCGAGGGACUCAGUCCUUUCGCUGAACGAGAAAUGCUUGAAAAUCCUGCUGCGGACGACCUGCACGAUCUCGGGCUGUGCGAAUCGGCCGUCUUGAUUUCAACCAAUACCACUGCAAAGCUACUGUGCGGAUUACGGGGCGGCAUUGUUGUUGUGUUUCAAUUUACGAUAACUGGAUCGUCCCUGCAACUCGAGAAACGUCAGGAGAUCAAAUUCGGACCUAUUCCGGUACUGCUGUCCUUGGACGUGUAUCGCAAGGAUUCGGCAUUUGCUCUGGCGGGCCGCGAGGUGUACCGCUUCGAUAUGCCUCGUGACAGUUUCCGGGGAGCGCAAGUGAUUAUUGUUAUGCCCAACGAAGAGAUAGACCCAAACGUCGAAGCGAUUGUCCAGGUCGGUGAUCAAGCGUUAGGUUCAGAGAACACCCUCAUCUGCGUGGCCGACAGCAAGAUAUUCUGCACGGACAUCGGCCAGAGUAGGAAGAUCUGCGGAAGAAGACUGAGAUUGAAUGCAACCCCCCGCCGCUUGUUGUUCUACGAACGCAUGAAUUGCUACAUCGUCGCUUGCGGCAGGAAUCCGGGCUCUACGGAGAUCGAGGACCCGACUGCCAUAUGCACCUUGAAGGUGCUCAAUGCGAGAACGUUGGUUCACCAACCGAACCCUACACGUUCAUGAGGCGCUCACUGACGGUCAUUCACACUCUAGUGGACAGUCCUGUAUUCCUGAUGGAACGCUCAAGGAUAUGAAGACUGGUGAAAGCAUUUUCUCGAAGCCGAACGAGCAGAUCUACUGUCUCGCGGAAUGGAAUAUGCACCUCGGCGGAGAGCGGUAUCAGUUCAUUGCUGUGGGAACAGGCGCUAUCAAUCACGGCGUGCCCUUUGGGAGACUGGUCAUCCUCACUCUGCACCAAGGCGAAAAUAAUACUGUUGCUGU